UAGCGGCUCACUCCAAGCCAGCUGCUGAAGGUAGUAGCUGCGACCGCAGUGCGAGGAGUGUUCAGCCUAGCUCAGCGGAGGUGGUAGCACGGUCACAAUGGUAUCCAUCCCAGAAUACUAUGAAGGAAAGAAUGUCCUCAUCACAGGAGCUACUGGCUUCUUGGGAAAAGUGCUUCUGGAGAAGCUGCUACGGUCUUGUUCUAAAGUAAAAGCUGUUUAUGUAUUAGUGAGACGCAAGGCAGAACAGAAUCCUCAAGAGCGAGUGGAAGAAAUGAUCAGCUGUAAGCUCUUUGACAGGUUGAGAGAAGAACAACCAGACUUUAAAACAAAAAUAAUAGCAGUUACUAGUGAACUUACGCAGCCUGAACUGGACCUUAGCGAGCAGGAUAAAGAAACUCUCAUAGACUGCAUUAAUAUUGUAUUCCAUUGUGCGGCUACAGUCAGAUUCAAUGAAACAUUAAGAGAUUCUGUUAAAUUAAAUGUGAUUGGAACACAACAGCUCAUCCACCUGGCUCAACGAAUGAAGAAACUAGAAGUAUUCAUGCAUUUUUCAACUGCAUAUGCAUAUUGCAAUCAAAAGCAUAUUGAAGAGAUCGUCUAUCCACCUCCAGUUGACCCCAAGAAACUGAUAGAUUCUUUAGAGUGGAUGGAUGAUGGUCUAAUAAAUGAUAUUACCCCAAAACUGAUAGGCACUAGGCCUAAUACUUACACAUAUACAAAAGCCUUAGCAGAAUAUGUGAUGCAGCAGGAAGGUGCAAAACUGAACAUAGCCAUCAUAAGGCCAUCCAUUGUUGGUGCUAGCUGGAAGGAGCCUUUCCCUGGGUGGAUCGACAACUUCAAUGGACCUAGUGGUAUUUUUAUUGCUGCAGGAAAAGGAAUUCUUCGAACAAUGAGAGCCUCCAACAGUGCAGUGGCAGAUCUUGUUCCAGUAGAUGUAGUUGUCAAUGCAACACUGGCUGCAGCCUGGUAUUCUGGCAUGAAUAGGUAUAACAGACCAAGAAAUGUCCUGGUGUACAACUGUACAACAGGUGGCACCAAUCCUUUCCAUUGGGGUGAAGUUGAACGCUAUCUAAAUUUGAGUUUCAAGAUGAAUCCUUUAGAACAAACAGUAAGGCGUCCCCAUAUAAAAAUAUACAGCAACUCCCUUUUGCUUCAGUUCUGGAGAACAGUUGGCCAUAUACUGCCUGCAUUAUUGAGUGAUGUUGUUCUCAGGUUGACAGGUCAGAAGCCAUGGAUGAUGAAAGCAAUAACUCGUCUUCACAAGGCAUUGAUGUUUUUAGAGUACUUUACAAGCAAUUCGUGGACCUGGAGUACUGACAAUAUGACUAUGCUAAUGAACCAGCUAAGCCCUGAAGACAAAAAGACAUUUAAUUUUGAUGUUCGACAGCUACAUUGGGCAGAGUACAUGGAGAACUACUGUAUGGGAACUAAAAAAUAUGUACUCAAUGAGGAAAUGUCUGGUCUCCCUGCAGCUAGGAAACACUUGAAUAAGUUAAGAAAUAUACGCUAUGGUUUCAACACGGUUCUUGUGAUCCUGAUCUGGCGUAUCUUUAUUGCAAGAUCACAGAUGGCAAGAAACAUCUGGUACUUCGUGGUUAGUCUGUGCUACAAGUUCCUCUCCUACUUUAGAGCAUCCAGUACUAUGAGAUAUUGAAGUUGAGAAUUCUAGCAUUAGGACAUCUAUGCAUAUGGUGAUCUAACUGCACAAAGUCUGUCAAACGUACUUAAUCAUCUCAUCUUUUGUAAAGGCAUCAAAUCAUCUUAAAGCUGGAGUGUGAAAAAUAUAUACAGUGCAGUAUAUGUAAUGUUUUUAAUUGUCAAUUUCCAUGAAAAUUGAGAAAUAAAAUGCUUGAAUGAAUGCCAGAUCAAAACUGGCAUUAAAUAAAUUUUAAUAUUAGCACUAACCCCUUCCCUGCCCCCCCCCCAAAAAAAAACCCCCAAAAAACUCUGACCUGAGAGAGGGUUUGGACCACUGACCAAUGUAACUGUGCAGUUCUGUGAGGACCUGGAUUUAAAGUUUGCCUUAACAACAUUUAUUUGCUCAAGACAUCUAAAUCAAAAGAGUAACAGGCUUACAACUGGGCAAAAACCAAUACAAGAGAGAGUGGAUCUUUUGUCAGUUGUUAUUGGAGGCUCCUUUCUCUGGCUGUUCUGUUUUUGCUUUUGGCAACUAUUUCUUCCAUCUCCAAGUUAAUCCAAGCAUGUGAUGGGAAUUACUAAAAAAAAAAAAAAAAAAAAAAAAAAGGAAAUUACUAUUAUAGUUAGAAGGCUGUCCAAUCUAGUCUUAAGAAUGCAAAUUGACUCUUUUUUUCCCACAAAUACUCUCAUUAAAAUUUGAGAGGCAUUCGCAUGUUUGAAAGCGGAACAGAUUUUGUUGCAAUUCUUUUUUUAAACAACAUUUAAAAAGAAUAAAAAAAGAUGCCAGUGGUUGAUUUACUCUUCACCCUAAAUGAUGGAACAUCAAUAUCUGAUGUAAUAAUUACACCCCUGAUGUAAGGUAUUAGGCUGUUCCAGAGGAUACUUUGUAUCCUUUGCUACUGUUUAUAGCAUUUGUAACUUAACUGUCUGGGCAAAUUGUACUGUUUCCAGAAAGAUGAAAUGUUUUUGUUUUGCCAAAAUAUGGCAUCAUCAAUACUUCAAUGAGUGAAAAUUUUAUUUUUGAAUGCAAUUCUAGAAGCUUGACACUUGCAUAUGCCCCUUUUUAACUGGGGAAAUACAGGAAGAGGAAUCCUGCUUCAAAACUUUCGUACGUUGAUUAACAAAUGACACGUUUAUUAACUUGAAUAUUUAGGAGUGAACUCUUGGCUAAAUUUGAAGAAGUCUAUUUUUGGCAUGUUUUUGUUGUAGGGGAAAUGCAUUUAUAAAAGUAGUAACUUACUUGCAAGAGAGCUGAAUUCUAUUUUAAUGUAACAAUUUGGACUUGCCCUUUAAUUCUGUUGCAUAGAAUUUGAAGCCUUUUUUAGCAUUCCUUUUUUUAUUGACAUACCAGUGUGGUGUACACUCAUUAAUGAUCCAUUUGUACUGUACUUAAAUCAGCAUAUGUAUUCUUGAAUCAACUUGGAAAGAUAAAUUAUGAACUAAUAGUACAAAAAUUUAUAUAAUACGCUGACCUUGGUAUUUUGAUUUGUUGUCCUAUUUGAAUUAAGUGUGUAAAGAGGUUAUUUUGCUAUUCUUGUGGAAAUACUAACUUUAAAAGCGAGCACCUUCUUUCGUGCAGGUGUAUAUCUAAUUUCGGAAUGAUGAUAGCUUCCUUGUUGAAGCUAAAUAUUAUGUAGUAAGUAGUUAAACCAUAGUUCCUUUUUAAGCCACUUAUGUAUAUAAUUCUUCAGUUAUACAAAUCUCUGGUCUAGGACCACACUGAAGUGUGAGAGACCUGUGGCAGAAAAUUUAAUUGUGGCUUCUUUGAUUCAGGAUGUUACACUUUCAAAAUGUGCUAUUCCGUAUAUAUUUGUUAUAGCUGCCUCUGGGCAUCCUCUUUGAACCUGAAAAAUAUAGUUGGCAAAAUGUAGCCUUUUGCAGAGGGUGCUUAGGAUCUAAUUACCCACCCCUCUCUGUUCUUUGCCAAGAGACAUACUUACCAAGAUUGAAGAAAUGUCGGUUAUGUUCACAUAUUUCUACUUUGUUUGACCCUUGUAACUCUGUCAUUUGUAGAUAGCUACUUUGGGGCUAAUUCAUUUUAAACUGAGGAAGCUAUAACACCACUGAAUUGAUUCUCUGUUCCAUAAUGUUGAAUACUGUUUACAUUGAAUAAAUAAUUGUGGAUUAAUUGCA